GGAGCCGCCGUGGCGCUGUGCGGUUCCGCCGCUGCCACGGCAACCGCAACGCCCGGCGGCGGCAGCUCCUCGUCCCCGGCCGGGAGCAGCGGCGCCGGCGUGUCCCAGAGGAGCAGGGAAUGCUGUAUUACUCUAACACAUCAUCAAAAUGAGUGAAAAGGAAGCUCAAGGAGAUGUGGGUGAUUCAACAGAAAAUGCAGAAUAUGAGGAUGAUUUUGAAAAAGACACGGAAUGCCUAACUGAUGAAGAAGAAAAACAAAACCCUGGUGAAAAAGAGAAUCCUGAAGAAAAGGAAGAGGAUGUUGAAACAAAAACUCUUAAGGAAGACAAUGAAGAAAUGAAAGAAAAUCUAGAUCAGCUUUCAGAGGCAGAUGUAAAUGUGAAAGUAUUAUACUCUAAUGAAAAGUAUUUGCAAUCUGGGGCAGAUAUUGAACAGGACGACCAUGGAUCUGAUGCUGAGAGAGAAAGCUCUAUCCAGGAAUCCAAGCUGGAAAAUGAGCAGGAACUGGAUGAGGGAGAGGAUGAAGAAAUAAAGCGUUAUGUCUUGGAAAAGAUUGAAGAAGCCAACAAAGAGCUGGAAAAUCAGGCUCCUGUGGAUGAAAAAAGAGAACGGAAAUUAAAAUUUGUGGAUGAGGUCGAUCUUCGUCCAAAAGGUGCUGAAGUUGGUAAAACUGACCUUGCAAGAGGAGACGUUUCAGAUGGGCUGUCUCAGCUGAAUAUUUCUGACAAGGGACAGAAAAGCACAUCACUUUCAGGACGUGCUGGCUCACAUGAGGAGAGGACAAAUGAUAUUGAAACUCAACAGACUUCAGAACCCACUGCCACUCAAGCGGAAGAAAUGCCUCCAUCUGACUCUAAGCAGCAGCCAGAUUCUGCUUUGAAUGGUGCAAAAGAUCUGGGAAAACAGAAGACUGAGUCUGCAAACAUACCCGUGAAAAGCUCCACUUACACUCUUACUCCCAGACAAAAAGAAUUAAGGAGGCAGAUAGAACUGAGGAAAGAAAGACUGAAGAGACAGGAAGAAGAAAAGAACAAGGAACUAGAAGAAAUGAGGAAAAGACAGAACGAAAUAGUUUUUAAAGCUUGGUUACAAAAGAAGAAAGAACAGGUGCAACAAGAAAAGCGAAUUCGUCGUGCAAAGCGGCUGGAAGAGCUGAGGAUCAAAGAGGUGCACAGGGAUCCAGAAGAAGCCUACAGUUUAUGGCUUAAAAAAAAGCACCAACAAUACGUGAGAGAAAGACGGAUAGAAGUCUUGAGACGCCAAACUGAAGAAGUGGCCUUUUAUCCAAGCCCAGAGGAUUGCGACAGAGCUUUUAGAGACUGGCUGAGAAGGAAGAGAGAAGAGAAACAAGCAGCAGAACUAGCUGCUAAGGAGAGAGCCAGGCAGCUUAGAUUAGAAGCCAGAAGAGCAAGACAAACGCGGAACAUCCACUAUGUUAAUUCAGAGCCCGAAAUCUUUUGUUUCUCAGAUCAUUACAGUUGAAAAUUUGAUGUAGCCACAGAGUUCUUGGUGACAAUCUUCUUAAUUUUUACGGCUUGAUUUUUUGCCCUUUACAGCUACUGACUUUUUGUGGUGUUUUUAAAGCUUUCAAGCAAGUUUAACAAUUACCUUCAGUGACAAUGAUUUUACUAUCUAUUUAUUUGUAAUUUAGUCAAAAAGCCUGCUUUAAUGCAUAACUCAGGGAUCUUCUUGGUUUAACCAAAUCAAAAUGAGUGCAAGAUGUAUAAAUGAGGGUGGCAAAUACACAUUCCCUUCUUUAAAAGGCACUUUAUACUCAUCAUGGAUUCCUGGAUGCAGGCUACUGUGUAAAAUGUUGAAUUUUUGGUGGAUUAAUAUUGCUGUUUGAUGCUGCUAGUGAUUAAGACUGUGCAAGGUGUUAUAUUGUUGGAAAAUGAUGUUUCUUGUACCACUUCCUAUUGAUCUGUUGACCAACUCUAGACCAGAGAAUUGUGUUCUUUUAGGUUUCUGGAAAGUGGUGAUUGAAGACUAAUGUGUAGGUGAUCAUGCAACAGGUUUUGAAACUUACUUCUGUGAGUCAUAUUCAGUAGUUUUCUAUUCCAUGGAAUUAAAAGCUUGUGCAAAUUA